AUGUUGAGUGUCAAGGGGUCAGGAUCAAUCCGGUGUGAGUUGAUGAGGCAGGAAGGUGGGGAGGAAUGCGAGGAAUGUCCCUGUUUGUGUAGACUCCAUUCAGCUCAUUGGCGAGCCCGGCCGCGGCAGCGUAUAAAAGCCCGGGCCGCCCGCCCAGCUCACACAACAAUUCUUCCCGCUGAGAAGAGGCAGCCGGAGCCACUCCAACCCCAGGCCACCUCCGACCGACCGACCGACCGACCGAUCGCCGCCAGCCCGACGGCAGCAGCCCCGACCCACAUCCCGGAGACAACCACCGCGCCCACCUCCGCCCAUCGCCAGCGCCGGCUCCCGCCGACAAACAGACAGACAGACCGACCGACCGACAGCCCACUGCGCCCCGACCAUGACCGCCGGCGUGGACCCAGGCGCUUCGCCUUCGCGCUCCUCCUUGUGCUCUGCACCCGGCCCUCCUCCGGCCAGGACUGCAGCGGGCAGUGCCAGUGCUCCGACCCCGCGCCGAGCUGCCCGGCCGGCGUGAGCCUUGUGCUGGACGGCUGCGGCUGCUGCCUAGUCUGCGCCAAGCAGCUGGGCGAGCUGUGCUCCGAGCGCGACCCCUGCGACCCGCACAAGGGCCUCUUCUGCGACUUCGGCUCCCCGGCCAACCGCAAGACAGGCGUGUGCACCGCCAAAGACGGCGCCCCCUGUGUCUUCAGUGGGUCUGUGUACCGGAGCGGAGAGACCUUCCAGGACAGCUGCAAAUACCGGUGCACUUGCCUGGAUGGGGCGGUGGGCUGCGUGCCCCUGUGCCGGAUGGACGUUCGCCUGCCCAGUCCUGAUUGCCCCUUCCCAAGAAGGGUCAAGCUGCCUGGGAAAUGCUGCGAGGAAUGGGUGUGCGAUGAGCCCAAGGACCACACAGUCGUUGGCCCUGCCCUGGCUGCCUACCGACUGGAAGACACAUUUGGCCCAGACCCAACUAUGAUGCGAGCCAACUGCCUGGUCCAGACCACAGAGUGGAGUGCCUGUUCCAAGACCUGUGGGAUGGGCAUCUCCACCCGGGUUACCAAUGACAACGCCUUCUGCAGACUGGAGAAGCAGAGCCGCCUCUGCAUGGUCAGGCCUUGCGAAGCUGACCUGGAAGAAAACAUUAAGAAGGGCAAAAAGUGCAUCCGUACCCCUAAAAUCUCCAAGCCUGUUAAGUUUGAGCUUUCCGGCUGCACAAGCGUGAAGUCAUACCGGGCUAAGUUCUGUGGAGUGUGCACCGAUGGCCGAUGCUGCACGCCCCACAGAACCACCACCCUGCCAGUGGAGUUCAAGUGUCCCGAUGGUGAGAUCAUGAAGAAGAACAUGAUGUUCAUCAAGACCUGUGCCUGUCAUUACAACUGCCCUGGAGACAAUGACAUCUUUGAGUCACUGUACUACAAGAAGAUGUAUGGAGACAUUGCAUAAAACCAGAAAGUGAGAGACAUUAACUCCUAAGACUGUAACUUGAACUAAUUCACAUCUCAUUUUUCUGUAAAAAUGAUUUCAGUAGCACAAGUUAAUUUAAAUCUGUUCUUCUAACUGUUGGGGGAAGAAAAAUUCCCACCCAUUUCCAAACAUUGUGCCAUGUCAUACAAAUAGUCUAUCAACCCCAGACACUGGUUUUAAGACAGUUAAGACUUGACAGGGGGACUAAUUAGCGCACAGAACCAGAAUGUAUACUAAGGUGUGACUAUGGGAGCAGUGGAGACACCAGUAGAAAGGCUAGUGCCAUCAGAUGUCAUCUUAAAGUAGUAACAUGCCUGCUAUUUGCAGUGUAAUUGAGGAAGAAAAAAAUAACAUGCACACAGACCUGCCUGUAGCUCCAGGGACAGCUAGGAUGUGUGUUUUCCACCAUGGUGAGGCUGACUCAAGUUGUUCUUAGAACAGGAGAUUCAGCUGUGACAUUCUGAUUUGAAUGACAGUAGUCAGGAAUCAGAAUCCUGUCUAUUAGACUGGACAGCUUGUGGCAAGUUCACUUGCCUGUAACAAGCCAGAUUUUUAUUGAUAUUGUAAAUAUUGUGGAUAUAUAUAUUUGUACAGUUAUCUAAGUUAAUUUAAAAUUGUUUGUGCCUUUUUGUUUUAAAUGCUUUGAUAUUUCAGAUGUUAGCCUCAAAUUCUGAACACCAUUGUUAGGGUGUAAAGCUUGUCUGAUAAUUCAAAGCCUGAAGUGGAUACUCAAAUGGAAAUUGUAAUCAGUUAGGGUGACAGUUCAUCAAAACAUAUGAUUUCCUACUGGUGAGGCAGCGAUGUCCUUUAAAGUCUGAUUUCUACAUAGGAAAUGUAAUAGCCUCACUUUCGGUGAACAAAUGGCCUUUAUUAAAAAAAAAUAAUGACUGGAUCUGUAUAGUUGGUCAGAUUUCCACCCAGAAGCAUUUGUUUCUAUUUGACUAUGACUGUUUUAUGGACAGUUUAUUGGUUGAGAGUGUGACCAAAAGUUACAUGUUUGCACCUUUCUGGUUGAAAAUAAAGUAUAUAUUUUUUCUAUAAA